AUGUCAACACCAGACGUUUCCAAAUUCUUCGAGGCCAAUGAGAAGAAGCUUCAUGAAGUUUUAGAAGUUGAGAAGUCUGCUGAUUGGAAGCUCAGCAAAGAAGAUGGAGACCUUAAAAUCUUCACAAGAUACGUCCCAGACAGCUCAUACAGUCAAUUAAUGAGCUACAUUUCCAUUCCAGCUACAAUUGAAGCUGUUGUCAAGAACUUGCAGACAAUUCCAAAGAUUGAAGAAGGACAUCCAGCUGAUGGAUUUGCUGAAAAGUACGCAUUUGCUGAAACACAUGAUGAUCAUGACUCAAAGUUCUAUUAUUAUGCUGUUGAGUCUGGCUCCCGCCUUGUUUCCAACAGAGAUUUCAUCAACAUCCGCAGAAUGUACAAGGAUGGCGAAAGAUAUGUCUUUGUUACAAAUGCUGUUGAUGAUGAUGUUAAACCAGCUUCCAAGAAGUAUGUCCGUGGAAAAAUCAUUUUCCAAGCACAUAUCGCUGAGCAGGACAAGGAGAAACCAGGAAAUGUUAAGUUAACAUUCCUUGUUCACACAGAUCCAGCCGGAUCAAUCCCAGCAGCCAUUUACAAUAUGGCAAUCCAGAAGCAAGGUUAUUCUAUCAAGAAGAUUGCUGAUGCCUGCAAGAAUGCAUAA